CGUCAUUCUUUCACAACGACGAUCCGAGGCGCCCCAUAAACUUCUCUCCCUUUCCUUUUUUUUUACUUCUUUUGUCCAAAUGUCUCGCUGUCAUCGCGCUAGCAAGCCACACAUUGCCCAAAAAUACAUAUACAUGCUUGCCCAGCCGGCCAAGGGCGCGGCAUUGAUAUUUGUCUGCUCCCUUUGGGAUAUAGUCUGCGCAAAAGCUUCUCGACUCUCGGCUGACCUUCUCAUGCACCCUGCGCAAAGUCGACCUCGCCGCUUUGGGAGUCGCCAUGGCGUCUGCAAGCUCAGACUCGACAAAGGCCUGCCUGACACGGAGCCGGCCGAUCACCAUCGAAAUGCCUGCUUCGCGCAGGAUCAGGUCUCGAGACCCUCCAUCGGCGCCGCUUUCGGCUCGAGGGGAUCUACCUGGCGGUUACUUUCCUGAGCAUGAGGAUCCCGAGACCCGCGUCCAUCGCCCACACCCCUUCCACGCAGACACGAACGAGGCUCGACGACAGUCCAUCGCCAGAGCCAACGAGGAGAGCAGCAGCCCACAAAACGAUGUAAACAAUAGCGAGAAUGGCAGGCCGGUGUCAGCCAACGGCCCAGUAUCUACCCUUCCGGCUCCGUCCUUGCCUGCUGUGACGGAGGCGCCUGCUCCUCGUCGGCAUUGUAGCGCCAAGGACGCAGAGCUACCUAGCACUACCGACUUGCUCACAAACCCGCCUGCGGUACAUGGCGCAUAUUCCUACACCAUUGAUCAGUCGGCCGCGACCUCCAUAGCGUCUUACAACCCCACAGGGGCCGAGGACAACAUGCUCCCCAUGGGGAAGUACUAUCCGACCAACUGGGAGAACAGAAAGCGAGCCAAGAAGGAGAAGAAGGAGCGGGAGGUCAUGCUGCUGCAGGGGCAGGUAGAGCCGGGCGGUAGCACCUCGUCGAGCCGCAGCCCUCUUGGCCCGACACCGCCCUCGGACAACAGCCCCGUUGCAUCAAGAUCGACUUCAGCAUCGGCAUCGGCAGCGGCACUUGUGCCAACGCCAACAGCGGCACCGGGACCCAUUAAGGCGGUGAACCCAGAUGUCGCUAGAACUAGGGCAGCUGCCGCAGCGCCACCACCCAUGAUGGGACACAGCAGGUCGAACUCGGAGGCUAGACGCCGGCUGCAACAGUACCAGCGCGAUAUGAUCACGCAAGCAACGAUGGCAGCCUCACGGGUGCUGGGGUCGCAAAUCCAGCAACGAGGGCAAGAAGACGUCUUGCAGUCGCUCAACACCAUCCCUGCGCUGCGGAACCUGCAGCUUAACCCGAACCAGCGAGCCAGGAGCCGCGCGGGGCAGGCGGUGCCGUCGCUUUCUGUCUCGUCAUCAUCUAUAUCAUCAGCCUCGCCCGCCUCGAUUGCAAACGGUGGCGGGCUGGCUGCAAUGAUGGCGGCGGGCGGCUCCUUUGGCAUGCUGGCCAAGCCGCUGUCCCCCCGCUUAGAGCCCCUCGGUAGUCCUGGGCCUGUCACGCCGAUUGACCUCUCCCGCACGGAGGAGGCGGCCACCACUGCCGGUGGUCUGCUUGUGGUCACCAGGUCUAGGAUGCCUAUCGCCGUGGCCACUGCGCCUCCAGCGGUUGGCCCUCGAGUCCAGACGCACGAGAACGAGCCUUCGUUCCCCUUCGACGCCGAUGGGCAUUGAUGAUUCUGCUGGAGCAUGCAACGCCCGUCUUCCGUUUAGAAACGCCCACGCCAUCAUCUCUCGUUUUACCAUGCAGCUGACUGGUCGCCACUAGUCUUGGGGCACGGGGUCACGGCUUGAUACACACGCUUUGUCCAUCAGGCAGAGUGUCGCGGACUCUCAUUUGCCUAGGAUAGUUCCGCAGAUGCCUGUCUGGAUUCUCUCCUGCACACUCAACUAUACAACAUCUUCAAACCAACCAGGGCAACCACCUCAACUUUGCCUAGGGGAGCAAGGCUUCUUACCAGGAGAAGCCUCGGUGUGGUACAUAUGCUUUACGGCCAGGAUAUUUCAUGGAUUAUACGUUUCGGGACCUCCUUCGUGCACCAAAAUACCCUUUUCCUGUUUCCUCACUAUCACUGUCGCUAUUUACCUUCUGUCUAGUCGUUCGUUUCGGCGCCACCCUUUAUACAUACCCUUUUCCCCUUUUUUUAUCAGUCGACUGCACAUGUAUUCCUCUCGCCAACACCGGGAUUGAAAUAACAAAUAAGCAUCCUGCAUGGGUUAGACCGUUCAAUCAGCAAAAAAAAAACUAGGGGAAACUCAACAGGAAACCCAGAAAUAGCAGGAAGCAUAUAUAUGAAGCCCCGUCGCUACGUUUGUAUUUGACUAUUUCACGCGCAGUCUUCUUCUAGCUUUCCUUGUGGACAACAAGCCUUUGCACAACAAAGGUGGCCAACUACAAGUAAGAUUUGAUAGGAUGACAUGGGCUAGGGUCAGCAAUAGGGAUUAUUCUACCCGUCAUUUUUGUGCACCCCUCAGGGUGGAGAAACGCUCCUUUUUCUUUUUCCUUUUCCACCUCGGGAUUUUCACAAAACCUUCUGUCUUUUACACACGUCUUACCUCUUUUCUCUUUCCAGGGGCGCCAACAGCACCAGGCCCUUUGUGCACGACUUUUUUUUUUUUAGUACACGAAAACCCAUGAAUGGGUAGGACACGGAACGGACACAUAGAUACCUAGGGAAUGGCCCGCUCUUUGCGUUGUGUGCGCGAUGAUAUUGGCAAUGUUGCUUUUCCGCCCUCUUGUGUCGUGAAA